AUGGAAAAUAAUAUUCGUCAAAUAUCAAGUCAACAACAGAGGUCAAGAAGGGCCGAAAAUGAAAGGAAGAGGAGACAAAAUAUGAGCAACGAGCAUAGAGAAAACAAUUUGUCAAGACGACGUGAAAAUUAUAGGCGGCGAAAAGAGCAAGAGAAACAAGCUCAAACAUCUCGCCAUAUAAACAGUCAGUCGAGAGUUCCGUUUCAAAAUUUUACAAAUAUGACUUUUCCAAGAUCACACUUUCAAGGAACUCAUGACAGUGAAGCCGGUCCAAGUAGAAUUACACAUGUUAAUGAUGUUGCACUUGAUCGUAAUUGUACAUCACCUAAUCAACAAAACAUCACGAGUCAAUCCGAUACAGAUGAUAUGGAUGUUGAUGAAGCUUUAGAGGAUGCAGUAAUAUCAUAUGUUAACAUGGAUGCCAGAGAAAAUGGUGCAUUAUCACGUCGUCCUCAAGAAUCAGGACAUGCUUUUCGAGCAAAGCACAAUAUUGCUCGAAAUUUCAAAAAUAAUAUGAUGAUGGAAAAAGCCCGGUUGCCUCAUCCAUUUACCUGUAGACACUGCAAUGCAAGAUUGUUUCAUCAUGAAUCACGUGAUACGUGUUGUAAUGGUGGAAAGGUAUCAUUCUCACGAGUUGAUGCUCCUAUAGUAUUGCAACAAUUAUUUUUGGAUGGUUCAGCUGAAGGAAAACAUUUUAGGCAACAUAUUCGAAGUUAUAACCAUGUGGUUUCAUUCACUUCAAUUGGUGUUCAUGUUGAUGAGAAAAUUCUUGCAUCUGGUCGUGGUAUAUACACGUUUCGUGCUCAAGGUGCUUUUUACCAUAACAUAGGAGGUUUCUAUCCAAAUGAGGGUGUCAGACCGCGUUUCUUACAACUAUACAUCUACGACACCGAUAACGAGCUACAUAAUAGAAUGCAGGAAAAUCCACAGCUGCACCAAAAUGUAGUUCACAAAUUACAGAAAAUGCUCCAUCAGUUUAAUCCUUUUGUAAUUAGGUUCAAGCAACUUUCAAUACUUCCAAAUAUCAGUGAAUGUAGCCUCAUACUUAAAGAGCGUCCACGUAAUCACCAUCAAUACAAUCUUCCAACUGCUGAACAAGUUGCGGCAAUUAUUGUUGGAUGUGAUGCAGAUUCUAUGGAUUAUGGAAGGGAUAUUAAUGUCAUUCGUUGUGAUGGAAAUCUCAAGAAAGUUCAAGAGACAAAGGGAUAUUAUGAUCCUUUGCAAUACCCUGUAUUGUUUCCAUUUGGGACGCAUGGUUGGGACAUCAACACAACAAAUUGCAAUGGACGAAGAGUGUCAUGUCGAGCAUAUUACAGUUACAUGCUUCAGAUUCGCCCAAAUGAUCAAUCAAUGUUGUUAAAUGCGGGUCGACUGUUGCAACAAUAUGUUGUAGACAAUUAUGUCAAAAUUGAAUCAGGGAGAUUAAGGUGGAUUAAAGAGCACCAAAGUGAUAUACGUUCUGAAUUGUACCAAGGUUUACAUGAUGCUUUGCAUGUUGGUGAAACUAAUGCAGAGAACAUUGGAAAAAGAACAAUAUUGCCAUCAUCAUUUAUUGGCAGUCGUCGAGACAUGACACAACGUUAUGAAGAUGGCAUGGCUAUUGUUCUUAAUGGCGGUAAACCAGAUAUUUUUCUAACAAUGACAUGCAAUCCUUCUUGGAGUGAGAUAACAUCAGAACUUUUGCCUUUUCAAACACCACAAGAUCGUCCAGAUUUGCUAACAAGAAUAUUUCGUUCGAAAUUUGAGAAAUUGAAGGAUGAUGUUAUUAAUAAAGGAGUCUUGGGUAAAGUUAAAAGCUACAUGUAUGUCACUGAAUUUCAAAAGCGAGGACUGCCGCAUGUGCAUAUGUUAUUGGUCUUAGAAAGUAACGAUAAGUUGCGUGACCCAAAAGAUUAUGAUAGUAUGGUAAGAGCAGAAAUACCUAAAUUAGAAUGUGAACCACAGUUGCAUGAAGCUGUUGUAAGACAUAUGAUCCACGGACCUUGCGGCAUAAUCAACCGAAAGUCUCCAUGUAUGAAAGACGGACAUUGUAAAAAAAGGUAUCCCAAACAGUUCUUGGAUGAAACACGUCAAGGCACUGACUCAUAUUCCGAGUAUAGGAGAAGGUUUGAUGAGUCUGUAUCGUUAGGUAAAGAUAGGUCUGUCGAUAAUAGAUGGGUGGUUCCUUAUAACCCUUGGUUACUGUUAAAGUAUGACUGUCACAUAAAUGUAGAGAUUUGCAGUAGCAUUAAAAGUAUCAAGUAUCUAUACAAAUAUGUGUACAAGGGCCCUGAUCGUGUGGCUAUGGAGGUUCAUAAAGGAUCAUACAUGGAUGAAGUUCAGCAAUAUGUUGAUGCAAGAUGGAUUUGUGCUCCCGAGGCAUUAUGGAAAAUAUUUCGAUUCACUCUUUACCGAUUAUAUCCUUCGGUUGAAAGAUUGCAGAUCCACUUGCCGAACCGCCAUCAAGUGCGCUUUUAUGAUCAUCAGCAAAUUGCAGAUGUGUUAAAUAAUGAACGCAACUCCAAAACAAUGCUCACACAAUUCUUUGCAUUGAAUCUACGAGAUCCACAAGCAAGAAAGUAUCUGUAUAGAGAGAUUCUAGAGCAUUAUUGUUGGAACAAGCGGGAUAUGGAAUGGCAUCGUAGGCGAUCAACAAGAAAAGUUAUCGGGAGAAUCUAUACGGUAUCACCUUCGGAGGGAGAUAAGUUUUACUUGCGACUGUUGUUAUCGCAUGUCAUAGGUCCAACCAGUUGGGAAUAUCUUCUUACAAAUAAUGGCAUGACUUUCAGUACAUUCAAAAAAUCAGCCGAGGAUAGGGGAUUUCUAGAGACUGAUCAUAGUAUUCGUGAUUGUUUGGUUGAGGCUACGAGUCUCCGAAUGCCAUAUGCUUUACGAAGGUUGUUCGUGACGAUUUUAAUAUUUUGUGAACCUACUGAUGUUAGAGGCCUUUGGAAUGAGUUUUUUACACAUAUGGUAGAGGAUUAUCAAACAGCUAACAAUGUUGUGGAAUCAAACUUAACUAAUAUGUUGUUGAAGGACUUGAAUGAACUCUUAAACCUGCACGGUAAAAAGAUUGAUGAUUAUGAUCUCCCAUCUUUACCCCCUAAUACAAUAGACAGAGGUGCAGUUCCAAGUAUCAUACAAGAGGAGUUAGCGAUCGAUAUCCCCAAUGAAGAUAUUGAAUCUAUUGCUAAGUUAAAUAAUGAUCAAAUGAUUGCAUUCAACACCAUUAUGAAUGUAAUUGUUCAAAAACAUAGUGGGGUAUUUUUUGUUGAUGGUCCAGGAGGAACAGGUAAAACAUUCCUUUAUAGAACAUUAAUGGCAAGUUUAAGAAGUAGAGGAGAAAUUGUCUUAGCAACUGCAUCAUCUGGUAUAGCUGCAACAUUGUUACCCGGUGGUAGGACUGCACACUCUCGAUUUAAGAUACCUAUUGAUAUUCAACCGAGUUCCAUUUGUGGUAUUGAAAAGCAAAAGGAUCUUGCAAAUCUCAUUAGAGUUGCUGCCGCAAUAAUUUGGGAUGAAGCACCAAUGACAAACAAAAAUUGUUUGGAAGCCUUAGAUCGAUCAUUACAAGACAUUUGUAGCAACAGUGCUCCAUUUGGUGGAAAAGUUCUGAUCAUGGGGGGGGAUUUUCGUCAAGUUCUUCCUGUUGUAAGAAAAGGUACUAAGGCACAAAUGAUUUCAGCGUGUAUUGUUCAGUCUCAUUUAUGGAAUCAUACCAAGAUUUUGCAUUUGCGUCAAAAUAUGCGAUCAUUGCAUGAUCAAGAGUUUGCAGAAUUUCUUAUUCGCAUUGGUGAUGGUGUCGAACCUACCAAACCAGAUGACAUGGUGAGGUUACCUUUACAUAUUGCAAUCCCAUGGGAAGGUGAACAUUCCAUACAAGUACUUAUCCAACAUAUUUUUCCUGAUCUAGAAUUGCAUGGUUGGGAUGCCACAUAUAUGGUACAAAGAGCUAUUUUGACACCAACAAAUGAUGAUGUCCAGAAAUUGAAUGAUAUGAUUAUCGAUCAGUUUCCAGGAGAAGAACAUAAUUUGUUAUCGUUUGACGAGGUUGAAGGAGAUAAUCAUAAUUUAUACCAGCAAGAAUUCUUAAACUCAAUUGCACAAGGUAGUUUGCCACCUCAUAUUCUAAAGAUAAAAAAGGGUGCAUCAUUGAUGUUGUUACGAAAUCUAGAUCCUAGAUAUGGAUUGUGUAAUGGGACCCGGUUAUUAUGUCGUGGUUUAUUUAUGAAUAUGUUGGAUGUGGAAAUCCUGACAGGAAGCAACGCAGGAAAACGUGCUUUUUUUAGAAAGCAGUUCCCUGUGCGACUAAGUUUUGCAAUUACAAUAAAUAAAUCACAAGGACAAACUAUUCCAAAUGUUGGAAUAUAUCUUCCACGACAUGUUUUUAGUCAUGGACAGUUACAUGUGGCUUUAUCCAGGGGUGUUUCACAGACUACAACAAGAGUUUUAACCAGGGAAGGAAAAUUGAAAGGAGAAGAUGCCAAACUAGAACACGAUGAAAUCUUCCAAUUAUGUAGGGAGUUGAGACGAAAGAAUGUUGAAACUUGCUUCGACAUGAAAAUAACAGACUUUGAAGAUAAAUGGAACACGUGGAAGGAUGAACAAAGUAUUUCAUCCAUCGGCAAACUCGACAAUAAGGUCAAACGUUUGAAAAUUUACUCCAUCGGUUGGAGCUCCACGGUGAUAACAGAUAAAACACAACUUUGGAAAAUGGUGAAAAGAGAAAUAAUAUCUCAAAGAAUGGAGAGAAAUCCAGGUAAUUCAGAAACAAGUCAUAAUUGUUGUUCUACGAAAUCUAGACUAAAACAAAGUAUCUCCAUUCUCCAGUUUUUUAAAUCUCAAGAGCGCAUUGAUAAAGGGAUGUACGAAGAAUUGAUUCGAAUCUUUAUAAGGGAAAAAGAAAAUACUUCGAAUAGAGAUUUCAUGUUCGGCAUUCCUCUUAAAGAACGUCAUUGA